AAAUCCAAAUUGGACCAGCCAAAAUUCAACAAGUCAAAAAUUUCGUCGUCACCUUCAUUAAUGCAGUUGAGAUGGAGUUAUAAUUUUAAUCUCAUUUUGAUCAUUAUUAAUCAUGCACAGAUAUAAUAGACAGAGGGAAUUGAAGAAGGUAAGUUAAUAUUGCUUUGUUACGUUGUGAUAAUUGUAAAAUGGAAAGGGAAGAAGGCGUGGUGGUGCGGGGACGUGUGGAGAUCGAUAUGCGGCAGCCUUUUCGGUCUGUGAAGGAAGCAGUUAUAUUGUUUGGGGAAAAGGUUUUGGCUGGAGAAAUUCAUGCUAAGCAGCUUCAAGAGAGCAAGCUAGUAAGUAGUGGUGGACCAAAGCAGUAUAAAUUUGGGGCAGCACGAGUUGAGCUUGAAGAGACAAAGCAAAGCCUCCAGAAAGCCAAAGAAGAAGGAGAUUUUAUGGCGCAUUGCCUUCAAUCUCUUAGAGAAGAGCUGGAACAGACUAGAAGAGAGAUACAACAGUUGAAGAGUACAAGAGACGUAGUACCCCAGCAGAAAGUACCACUACCAGCUUCUGAUGAUGAUGACAUUCAUGAAGAGCUAAAAUUCAUUGAACAACCAUCAUCAAAAGUACUUGAAGUUAAAACACAAACCGAACAGGAUGAUGAUGACAACGACGAGAUCGAGUUCGAGAAGAAGAGGUCUGUCAAGUUUGCUAGUCCUCCACUGCUUACUAAGGUCAUUGCUGUCAAAAAGGAGGAUUAUGUUAAGAAAGAAACCGGUGAGAAAAGCCCUUCACAGCUCAAGAAGAAAUUGAUGAAGAAGCCUUUAAUCCCUUUAAUUGGUGCAUUGUUCUCCAAGAAGAAGGUAAAUCUGGAAAAAGAAUCUCCAAAUUAAAUCUCGUAAACAUGGGGUGCAGUGAUAGGAAACUAGCAAAACGUUUUUUUUUUAUCUCCCGAUUAAUGGACCCAAAGUUUGUGAACUCAAGUGUAUAAGAAUUGGGCCUACUAAUUAAUCGUGAGUCAAUUAAAAGAAGUCUCACACAACUAACGUCGGUUGUAUGAGGCACAUAAUGAUUUUUUUUGAAACUAGCUAUAGAUAUUACUCUACCAGUACAAUCAGCUUCUGGCCUUGUUUUGAAUAAGGAAAAUGGUAGAGGUCUCAAAAUGAUUUGUACCAUUUAAGUUGUUAGCUACUACUCAAUGUAUUUCCUCUUACGUAUUAA